AUGAGCAACGGGGAUAGAGAUUUUGCGAGGAGGAGUCUUUGGUAUCUAUACUCAAUCGAGGCCCCUCAGUGUCUACGGCAUGGAGUUUCCCCUGUGAUUAGCCACAACUGGAUUGACCAUGCCCCACCUGAAUCCGGCACGGAAGUAGACUGGUUCUCCGUCCAAUGUCUUUAUGCCAUUGUCAUCAGCUCUGCAGCAGAGAUGCUGUAUACCCAGCGAGCGCUCAGACAGUCCCUUACGGAGCGGGAGCAGAAGUUGAAGACAGCUUUCGAACUCUUGGAGAGUUGGAGAAAACACCUCCCGACUCCUCUGCAGGAGAUUCAUAAACAGACCACGCACCUGAACCUCGACGACAUCUACGUGCCCGAUGCCACUCUAUCCAUCUUUCGCCAGUACCAUGAAGCUGUCUAUAUGAUAUACUUCCUUGGGUGGGCAACCGGUCAGACGGUCGGGUCUCGGAAGACUGUCGAAGAAAGUGCGGGGAGUUAUGCAUCAACUCUGCCCAAGUGGUAUUGGCGAUCGCAAAUCAGAUCCUGA